GGCUCUUAAGGGGAAGUGGCUCACUCACUACCUUGUAUCCCUGCAUUCCUGCAUCUCCCCCAGUGAACUGUUGUCCAAAUUCCCACCUGAUGAACAACACUUAUAGACAUCUGCUGCCGCUGGACCUUCAGCUCAAUGAAACCACCAGGGAGUCUCUGGCUGGGGAGGACAAACAGGGGAACCUGACCGGCAUCGAGCAUGGUCUGUGUGAGGCAGUCCACAUCCAAGCUGAGGUGUUCCUGACACUGGGGAUCGUCAGCCUUCUGGAGAACAUCUUGGUGAUCUUGGCAGUGGUGAAGAACAAGAACCUCCACUCACCCAUGUACGUACUCCUGUGUAGUCUUGCUGCUGCUGACAUGCUGGUGAGUGUCUCCAACUCACUAGAGACGGUGGUUAUCGCUGCGCUGAACAGUCGGUUGAUUGUGGCAGAUGACCACUUUAUUCAACUCAUGGACAACUUCUUUGACUCCAUCAUCUGUAUCUCCCUGGUGGCCUCAAUCUGUAACCUUUUAGCUAUCACCAUUGACCGUUACGUGACCAUCUUCUACGCCCUACGCUACCACAGCAUCGUGACGAUGCGGCGGGCUGUCCUGGCCAUCGGUGGCAUCUGGCUGACAUGUGUGUUCUGUGGGAUAGUCUUCAUCGUCUACUCAGAGAGCAAGGCAGUCGUUGUGUGUCUGAUCAUCAUGUUCUUCACCAUGCUGGUGCUCAUGGCCACUCUGUAUGUUCACAUGUUCCUGCUGGCGAGGCUUCACAUCAAGCGCAUCGCUGUUCUGCCCGCGGAGGGUGUGGUGCCCCAGAGGACCUGCAUGAAGGGAGCCAUCACCAUCACCAUCCUCCUAGGGGUGUUUGUAUGCUGCUGGGCACCUUUCUUCCUUCACCUCAUCCUCCUCAUCACCUGUCCCAAGAACCAGCUCUGUGUCUGCUACAUGUCCCACUUUACCACCUACCUGGUGCUCAUCAUGUGUAACUCUGUCAUAGACCCCGUUAUCUAUGCCUUCCGCAGUCUCGAGAUGCGCAAAACCUUCAAGGAGAUCCUCUGUUGUUUCAGUGCCACUUGUAGUAUUUUCCACUGUAAAUACUGAAGUGUUGUAGUUGUUGGUCAUUUUCAAAAAGGCACAGAAAAGGCUUUCAAUGUGGUUGUUCAAUGCGCUGUGUAUAUGGAUACUGUGUAUAUGGACAUUGUUAUAUGGACACUGUGUAUAUGGACAUUGUUUUAUGGACACUGUGUAUAUGGACAUUGUUAUAUGGACACUGUGUAUAUGGACAUUGUUAUAUGGACACUGUGUAUAUGGAUACUGUGUAUAUGGACACUGUGUAUAUGGAUACUGUGUAUAUGGACAUUGUUAUAUGGACACUGUGUAUAUGGACAUUGUUAUAUGGACACUGUGUAUAUGGACAUUGUUAUAUGGACACUGUGUAUAUGGACAUUGUUGUGACAUGCAGGUUUGGCUUAGUGGCUUUG